AUGGCUGGUCAGAAGGGAACCGGGUCCGACCAUGUUGAGUACACUGCCAAUAAGGAUGUAACAGGCCAGGUUGUGGGAAGAAUGCCGACAUUUCUUCUUGGCAUGACGGAAGAAGAGAGAGAGCUUAUGGAGAAGAAGCUGGUGCGAAAGAUCGAUGCACGACUACUGAUCAUGCUUGUUGUCAUGUACAUUUUGAACUAUCUGGACCGCAACAACAUUGCAUCGGCGAAGCUCGCCGGUCUUGAUAAAGACCUUAAUCUGAAAGGAAAUCAGUAUCAGACCUGCGUCAGCAUCCUAUUCGUUGGAUAUCUAUUGAUGCAAGUACCUUCAAACAUGAUUCUCAACAAAUUCGGAAAGCCCUCGAUCUAUCUCCCAGGGUGUAUGCUUGCGUGGGGUACGAUUUCUGCCGCAACUGCUGCAACGAGAAACUUUGGAGGGCUUUUAGCUUGUCGAUUCAUUCUCGGAUUUGUUGAAGCAGCAUACUUUCCUGGCUGUCUCUAUUUACUCACAGCAUGGUAUACGCGUAAGGAGGUUGGAAAGAGAACUGCUCUCUUGUACUGCGGGUCGUUGAUUUCGGGAGCUUUCUCUGGUCUCAUUGCCGCAGGAAUCACAGAUGGACUGGCAGGAGCCCGCGGUAUUGCUGCCUGGAGAUGGCUAUUCAUAAUUGAAGGAGCCCUCACGGUAUUUGUGGCCCUGCUAUCCAUUUUCAUAAUCCCGGAUUUGCCGAGAACAACCUCCUGGCUUACCGAAGAGGAAAAGGAGCUUGCCGCCUGGAGACUGGAAGCUGAUAUCGGCGAAGAUGACUGGGUUGAUAGCCAACAUCAGAGCAUGUUCCACGGUGCAAAGCUUGCUUUCAUGGAUUACAAGACCUGGUUGCUACUUGGUGCAAUUUAUGGUCUCACCUCCGCUGGGGCUGUCACGACAUUCUUUCCAAUUGUAAUGGCCGGACUGGGAAAAAGUACGGUCGAGACUCUUCUUCUGACUACACCUCCGUAUCUGAUCGGCGCAAUCUUCGUUAUGCUCAAUGCAUGGCACGCUGAUAAGACGGGUGAACGAUAUCUACAUAUCGCACUGCCACCAAUCGUGGCAAUUGUUGCCUUUAUCAUUGCAUUAUCAAACACUUCAUUUGCUGGCCAAUAUGUUGCCAUGUGCCUCAUGAUAGGGGGUAUAUACGCAGGAUAUGUGGUGUUACUGGGACACGUUUCAAAUAUUCUGCCCCGACCUGCCACGAAAAGAGCGGCAGCCCUGGCUCUCAUCAACUGCCUGAGCAACGUUUGCCAGAUCUAUACUCCAUACCUCUAUCCCGACUCCGCCAGUCCAAGAUUCAUCGCCGCCUUUUCGCACAAUCUCGCCCUGUGUGGCAUGUCCAUUUUCUUUGCAACGAUUAUUAGAAUUGUUCUUGGGCGUUUGAAUAAGCAACUGGACGAGGAAGAGGGCACGAACAUUGAUCCAAACAGAGCACAAGAGAACGAGAACGAAGAACAUGGACUGCCUGGGCAAGCUACUACCCGAGGAUUCCGUUUCUUGCUUUAA